AUGCAGUGCACGACUUCACGGGGCACAGGCCCGCAGGCAGGAUCUGUAUUUCUCUGUUGUUGCACUCCUUCUUCAGUUUUGUUGUUUCAGUGGUAUGAACCUCUGAACAAAUUCUUGCUCGUGAGGUCAUCUGAACUUGACAGUUCCUUACGAUUUCCGCUAAGUCCUUCUAAGUUGAUCAACGCACGCACCGAUUUUCCUCAGCUUUGUGUUGGUGUACAGGCUACUGAGAGUAACGACAAGUACGAAUUCAGCUGGGUGAAGUUUGAAGACAGAAAGAUAUUGAAUCCGACGGAAACUCUUGACGUUUCUAUGUUCAACAACGCGAAGCUUGAUGUAGUGGGAAUGUCGCAGAUUGGGAAGGAUUCGUUACUGUUUGCCUACAAAAACAAGGUAUUCGAUUGAAGCCCGAAAAGAGGAGAACCAUUG